AUGGUUAAGACCACGGUUGGGUUGGGCUUGCUCUUCUCGCAGCUCUGCGCGGCUGCAGGGCCGUUCCUGCAGACGCUGAACGGCAGCUGGGUCAUCGGUAAUGAUCUCUGGAACAUUACGCAGGGCUCCGUAUAUGGCAAGCCGGCGUAUUACAAGGGCAAAGAUAUCAUUGGUGAAGCGGUUGGUCACUAUGUCGGCUACAAUGGAGAAAACAACCUGGUCUUCAAGUCAGCCGAGAUCGUGGCGCGCGGUGAGAACUACAUCGACGUCAGCUUCACCGCCGACCUGGGAGAGUUCCACUGGGUCAUUUUCGACGACCUGGCCGGCGCGUACCAGUACUUCGUGAACCGGGAUCUCCCCACGCUGGGCGUCUUCCGGUCUCUCUUCCGUCUCGACAACCAGACGUUCCCCAAUGGCCGUACCAACACCAAGGACGAGCCCCUUCCGCCGUGGUAUCUGUACCAGAAUGCCACCAAGGUCCAGGACGAGACCUGGGAGCUCGCCAAUGGCACCUACAUCACCAAGUACGACUGGAGUGCUUUUAUCCGCGACAUUGACUUCUACGGAGUCUACGGAGACGACUUCGGCAGCUGGUACAUCCGUCCUGGAGGCGACUACUUCAACGGCAACCAUUUGAAGCAAGAGCUCAUUGUCCACCGUGAGUCCGCCACCGGCGACGCCGUGCAGCUCAACGUGGUUCACGGCACGCACUUCAUGGCCUCCUCCGCCGACGACUUCCCUGAGGGUAAGAUCUUCGGCCCCUGGCUCUGGUACCUGAACGACGGCUCCAAAUCCGACGCCUCGACCCGGCAGCAACAAGAAUUCGCCGCCUGGCCCUACCCCUGGCUCAACGACAGCAGCUACCAGUCGCGCGCCGCCAGCGUGUCCGGCCAACUCACCCUCUCCGACGGCCGCCCCGCCGCCGGUGCCUCCGUCUUCCUCGGCGAAAACAACUCGCCCAAAACGACGCUCGACCAGGGCGCUUUGUACAACUACAUCGCGACCGCCGACGCCAGCGGCAACUUCAACUUCAGCUCCGUCCGCGCGGGGACGUACGCGCUGUACGCGUGGGCCGACGGCGGCGACGUGCUGCGCAACGUCACUUCAUCCUACGUCGCCAACGACAUCGCGAUCGCGGCGUCGGACUCGACCGUCGCGCUGUCCGACCUGCCCGCGUGGCAGCUGCCCACCGACGGCCGGGGCCCGCAGAUCUUCCAGAUCGGCGAGGUGGAUCGCAAGGCGACGGGCUUCGCGCUGGGGGGCUCGCCGUAUACGCACGGCCUGGUCGACGAGGUCCCCGCGAACCUGACGUUUACGGUGGGCCAGUCCGAUCCGGCGGCCGACUGGUAUUUCGCGCAGUCGGCGCUGGGGACGUGGGACGUCGUGUUCGAGCUGGACGCGGCGGACGCGGGGUUGAAUGGGAACAGGUCGGCGCUGCUGAGCGUCGCGCUGGCCGGGUUCAGUCGUGGGAGCAGCGCGGGGAUAUAUGUUAAUGGGGAGACGCGGGUGGGCAAUCUGACGACGGAUAGCGUGCCGACGGAUCCGAGUCUGUACCGCAGCGCGACGGUGGCGGGUGAGUGGCAUUUGUAUGAGUUUGAGGUCGCGCCGGGGGUGUUGAGGGAGGGGGAGAAUACGCUGAGUUUUGUGGUGGAGAGGAGUACGAGGUGGAGGGGGUGGCUGUGGGAUAGUAUUAUUUUGGAGUGGGCUUGA